UAGGCAAGACAGCGUGCAGGCUGCUCCUUGUUGCCUCCGCACACAGCGGUUCAGCCCUGAGCGUGGAGCGGAGCGGAGAGGAAUGCUUCCUUCCCGUUCCGUUGUCGGCGUCGUCUGUUCUCCUUCAGUCAGCGCGCGCUUCUCCCUGCUCGGCUCUCCCUCCUCGCUCUCCCCCCCUCCUUUGUGUGUAGCUCCUACGCAGACCUCCGGGUCUCCAGAACGCGAUGAGGUUCAGGGCGAGCGCGUGAGAGAAACGCGUCCCACAGGUGUGUUGCCGCCAACGGUGCCCCGCGGCUGUCCUGGAGAUGAGGCACGCGCGCGCAUACCUGGAAAUUACCAUGUGACUCUGCACCUGGGCGUGGAGAAAGUCCUCAUCUUCCGACCGGAGACUUGAGGAGUUGACCGCGCCGUCUCCCAACAGCAGCGACUCUUCGGGUCAAACACCGAAAACCCAGGGUUUGUUUCGCCCCCCUUUUUUUUUUUUUUGCACAGCGGAAUAGUGCCUUUUCCCCGAGAGCUACCCACUGGAGGCGAGACCGAGAUGUGAACUUCCCCGCGGACGCUUUUUUUUUCUUUACAAAGAAGUAAAAGUCGGCAAAUUUCGUCAAAAGGGAUUCUUCGGUUUGACUGUUGGGACUGUUUGAGGAACUAGUCCGCUCCUUCACCUUUCAAGAGCCCGAGCCCUUAAUGAAGCUGGGGGUCAGCGGCGGUGUGUGGCUAAUUGGCCAAGUUCGCCUGGGGCUGCAGCUACCUGUGAUUGAAGUGUCCAGUGAGCGCCCACUGUGCAGCCGCUGCCGCACCCUUCUCUGUUCCACUCCAGCAGCCAAGACGCUCCCCGCACCCCUGUCGGCCUCUCUCUAAGAUGGCAAGCUGGGUCUCCCUUCUUCUCGUCCUCUUAUGCCAAUCAAUAUCACAAGCCCAGGAGGAGAGCAGCAACGCCCCCAUCCUGCAGUUCGUCUCAGAGACUACCAUCAAUAAUGUGGUUCAAGACCCCCAAACGGGCCGUAUUUACCUGGGGGCGAACGACUCCAUCUACCAGCUCGGCCCCUCCCUCGAGCGUCAGAGUCAUGCCGAGACUGGCCCCAGACCAGACGCACGUAGCUGUACACCUCCAUCUUCAGCCUGCCUGGACACAAAGCCAAUGUCCAACCUCAACAAGCUUCUGCUAAUCUAUCCAUCUAAUAAUUCACUUAUUGUCUGUGGCAGUCGCUAUCGAGGCAUCUGCUCCCUCCACAACCUGUCCAACGUUGAACAGCAGAUUUAUUACUGCGACAAUAAAGGAGAGAGGACGUAUGUAGCUAGCAUAGAGGAUAAUGUGAAUGUGGUGGGAGUCAUGUCCUACUACACAAAAGGUAACCAAACUUUCAAUGUGUUUAUUGUGGGUAAGGGCUAUGGAAGCCUGGACAGUACAAAACUCAUUAGCACCCGAAUCCUUCAGGACUACAAGGAAUGGGUCGUGUUUGAGAACAUCAUUGAGGCUUCUACAGUACAGACGACGCCGUUUGUUCCAAAGUACUUGCAUGAUUUCAGGCACGCCUUCAAAGACAACGGCUACGUGUAUUUUCUCUUUUCUCGGACUCUUGAUGGAACUGAUAACAAAAACCUGACGUUUGUGUCCCGCCUCUGCGAAAACGACCACCAUUACUACUCUCACACAGAGCUUCAGUUAAACUGUGGGCUAAACAAUCAAUACAACAAAGUCCAAGCGGCUUUUGUGGCUUCUCCGGGAAAAGAACUGGCGCGGGCCAUGACUGAUUUAGGUAUGUAUGGGAAGGUAUCCCCAUGGAGUAAGGUCCUCUUCAUGGUGGCAAGUUCGGAUGAGGACGACAGUAGAUCAGCUCUAUGCAUGUAUCCCGUGAACUCCAUCAACGAGAAACUGACGGACAUCAUCAGUGCUUGUUACUGUGACGAUGGGAAGAUUUCAGGGGUUUCUGUUGUGGACAUGCCCUACUCUUCAAAAACCGGGCAAUUCUGCUCAUCAAUGGGGAAAGAGCUGUUGAAAAACUACACAUGUGGGGCAGACUUUUUGCCUUCCCCUCUGGCAAGCAAGCCAAGUUAUGCCUUAAAGGCCAGAGCUGUGUGGACCACUUCAAGCCUUCUGACCGCUGUGGCUGUUGCUGUGGAGAUUGAUCACACCAUCGCUUUCUUGGGCAACAACAAGGGAGAGGUCUUCAAGGUACAUCUCACAGCAGACGCAGUGGAGUACGGCAAGGCUCCUGGUGACACCAUUGGGGAGAAGGUCAACAAGAACCUCUUCUUUGACCUCAGUCACAGCCACCUCUACAUCACCACAGAGAAAAAGAUCACCAAGGUGCCGGUGCAGACGUGCCUCCAAAAGACAGACUGCCAAUCAUGCAUGAAGCUGAGGGAUCCGUACUGUGGCUGGUGUGUCCUGGAGGGCAGAUGUACCAGGAGGUCUGAGUGCCGACGGGCAGAGGAGAAGAACGGCUGGCUUUGGAGCCCCAGUCAGCAGUGUGUCAAGAUUUUAUCCUUCUAUCCCUCAAACCUUUCCUGCAAAAAAACCGGCAAGAUCCAGAUCAACAUCCCCUCUCUUCCUGCUAUCGGACCCUCUGACCAUCUGCAGUGCAACAUCGGGUCGUUCCAAAGUCAAGGCUCCAUGCUGGACUCCAGUCAGGUCUCCUGUGAUCUGCCACAGCCUUCGCUUAUCCCGAGGACCCCCGAGGACCAAGAUUUUGUGGCUGUUUCAGUCAGGAUUUUAGUCAACAAGACCGUUGAGCUUGCCACGAAGGAGUUCAAGUUCUUCAACUGUGCUGCCACUGUGAGGAAAUCAGAAAACACACCGUGUAUGGCAUGUGUGACAAGUCCAUGGGGUUGCCAGUGGAAUACACACGAUCACACGUGCAGCGACAAAGACGACACCAUAGAGGGGAAGAACAUCAUCGAACACCGCAAGGGAUCAGAGUGUCCUCUCUUUGAGAAUCCAGACCCGGGUCUGAUCCCAGUGGGCUUCAAGAAAAAGAUCGAUUUUGAAGGGAUCAACUUAAGCAACUACAUGGGUCGUGUUUUCACCAUCGGCACUGAGCUGAUGAAAAACGUAGAGGAAGAGGUCACAUCCGAGCCGGGUUCCUACACUUUUGAGGGCUUCAGUUUUUCCUAUGAUAAGUCACCAGAGACCAACGUCCUUUUCUACGUGAAGGACAAGGAGACUGGCAAGAAGAUGGACAGCACUCUGAACGUCACUCUGUACAACUGCUCCGUGGGGAGGCAGGACUGCAGCCUCUGCAAGUACGCUGACCCAAAGUACAAGUGUGUAUGGUGUGACAGGCAGAAGGCAUGUGUGUACGAGGAGGUCUGCACAGGUCUACAGAACACUGAGUGCCCGAACCCUCAGAUCACCAGGAUCACCCCUCUUUACGGGCCCAUACAUGGUGGCAUUUCCAUUACCAUCCAUGGAUCCAACCUUGGUAUUCAUAAGGAGGACAUCAAAAGCAUCACCGUUGUCGGCGCGCCGUGUGUCCAUCAGGGGGACAAGUAUUCGGUCUCCACAAGUGUGGUGUGUGUGAUUGGACCUGUAGCCUCACCUGUUUCGGGUCGAGUGGAGGUAGAGGUGAAUGGGGGGAAAAGAGGAAUCUCCAACAUGGACUUCACCUACAGGGACCCGAUUCCAACGGGUGUGAAGCCUUCUAAAGGGCCUAAAGCAGGGGGCACGCUUAUUACCAUCACUGGGACCUUUCUGGAAACCGGCAGUAAGGAGGAUGUCCAGGUUAAAGUUGGAGACGUGGACUGUGCUGUGGAGCAGUUUGGAACGGAUAUUAUCUGCAGGACAGGUGAAUAUCGAUUGGACAAGGUGCCGUCCGACAUUCUCACCGUCAAAAUUCAGUAUGGCAAGGGAACCAUAAAACCACUCCAAGAUGCCUUCCAAUACUUGGACAACCCAAUCGUGCUGGACCACCAGCCUAGAGGAAGCUUCGUCUGUGGUGGGAGGAACAUUGUGGUCACCGGCUCUGGUUUUGACCUAAUCCAGACUGCUGUGAUGAAGGUCCAGGGAGACGGCUUAUCAGCUGUCGAGCAUGCCCGCGAGAGGAACGACACCGUCAUCCAGUUUCAGUCUCCAUCAAUAAACCGCUCUGAGAGCCAGCGCGUCACCACCUACAUCCAGCUGGACAACUGGAUGAAGGAGCUGAAGCCCUUCGACUACCAUGCUGACCCCACCUUCAACGAGCUGCCCAAGAAGGUCAUCACUGAGACCAGCAUCAUCAUCGUCACCGGUCGGGGAUUCUCCAGAGCUAUGACCGCCAAAGAAGCCGAAGCAUUUGUGGGAGACGUUCAGUGUCAAGUCAACACGCUUCAGGAUGACAAGCUGUUCCUGGACCCACCUUCCACCACGCCGCGCGCUCGCUCCAGACGGCAGCGUCGAGACACCAGCCCUGAGCUGCUGGAGCUAAUGAUCAAGUUUGGAAAAGGACAGUGGGUGGUCGGCUCGGUGCAGUAUGAAAAGAAGAACGAUUUGUCGCUCUACAUAAUCAUCCCCGCAGUUAUUGUGCCCAUGCUGCUCAUCAUCAUCAUUUCUGUCUACUGCUACAGGAGAAAGAGUCAACAGGCAGAAAGAGAAUAUGAGAAAGUUAAGCACCAGCUGGAGAACCUGGAGGAGAGCGUGAGAGACCGCUGCAAGAAGGAAUUCACAGACCUGAUGAUUGAAAUGGAAGACCACACAAAUGAACUGAGCGAGGGACGGAUCCCCUUCCUGGACUAUAAAACCUACACAGACAGGGUCUUCUUCCUGCCUUCUAAAGACGGAGCCAACGAUGUGAUGAUCACAGGCAAGCUGGAUAUCCCAGAGGCUCGAAGGGCAACGAGGACACAGGCGCUCAACCAGUUCUCCAAUCUUUUGAACUCCAAGACGUUUCUCAUUAAUUUCAUCCGCACCUUAGAGCGCAGCCAUGACUUCAAUGCUAGAGCCAAAGUGUACUUUGCCUCCCUGCUCACUGUGGCCCUGCAUGGGAAGCUGGAAUACUACACGGAUGUCAUGAGGACACUGCUGCUGGAGAUGAUGGAGGAGUAUGUUCACAGUAAGAACCCCAAGCUGAUGCUGCGCAGGUCAGAGACGGUGGUGGAAAGGAUGCUUUGUAACUGGAUGUCCAUCUGCCUUUACCAAUUUUUGAAGGACACUGCAGGCGAGCCCUUAUACAAGCUGUUCCGAGCCAUCAAGCACCAGAUUGAAAAGGGGCCUGUGGACGCCAGAGUUAAGAAAGCCAAGUACACACUCAACGACACAGGCCUGUUGGGCGACGAUGUGGAGUACUCUGUCCUGACCUUGCAGGUGCUCGUUCAAGGCGAGGGUCCAGAUGUGACACCCGUCAAGGUGCUGAGCUGUGACACCAUCUCGCAGGUGAAGGAGAAGAUCCUAGAGCAGGUCUACAGAAACCUACCUUACUCCCAGAGGCCCAAGGUUGACAGUGUCACUCUGGAGUGGCGUCCCGGCUCAACGGGUCAGAUCCUGUCUGAUCUGGACCUGACCUCCCAGAAAGAAGGCAGAUGGAAACGCAUCAACACUCUGGCCCACUACAAUGUACGCGAUAAUGCCACGUUAGUUUUAUCCCGAGUGCUUCACACGCAGCAGAACUACGACCAGAACCAAGAGAACCACGAAGAGCGAAAUGCUCUGUUGGACGAUGAUAAAGUCUUUCAUCUGGUGAGGCCAGCAGACGAACUGGAUGAGAUGAAAUCCAAACGAGGCAGUAUAAAGGACAAGUCGAUGACCAAAGCCAUCACAGAGAUCUACCUGACUCGACUUCUGUCUGUAAAGGGAACGCUGCAGCAGUUUGUGGACGACUUCUUCCGCAGCGUGCUGUGCUCUGGGGCCGUGGUCCCACCAGCUGUCAAAUAUUUUUUUGACUUCCUGGAUGAACAAGCACUGAAACACAACAACGUUGAUGAGGAGACCAUCCAUAUCUGGAAGACUAAUAGCCUGCCACUGAGGUUCUGGGUGAACAUCCUCAAGAAUCCCCACUUCAUCUUCGAUGUCCACGUGACUGAGGUGGUGGAUGCGUCGCUGUCCGUCAUCGCCCAGACCUUCAUGGAUGCUUGCACCAAGAGCGAGCACAAACUUAGCCGGGACUCCCCAAGCAACAAACUACUCUAUGCAAAGGAGAUCUCCACCUACAAGAAAAUGGUGGAUGACUACUACAAGGGCAUCAGGCAGAUGGUCUCUGUCAGUGAUCAGGACAUGAACACUCAUUUGGCGGAAGUGUCACGGUCUCACACCGACAAACUGAACACCCAAGUGGCUCUCCAUCAACUUUACCAGUACGCCAGCAAAUACUAUGAUGGGAUCAUCGCAUCCCUGGAUGAGGACCCAGCUGCUCAGAGUAAACAGCUGACCCUGCGGCUGCAGCAGAUUGCAGCUGCCCUGGAAAACAAAGUGACUGAUCUCUAACCCACCGAGGGGAGGGACAAAAGUCGAGACAUAGAGGGAGAUCGCCAGUGACUACAGGGGCUUAUUUCUUCUUUUUUCUCAGCAUAAAGUAUGGAAAUGCAAAAUCUGAGAUGGGACUUGUUUAGAUGUGUGCCAGCCGGCAGCGUGUUUUUUGGUUCUGUGGAGUAAACUGGGACUAAUUGCACACAGACGGCAAAAAAAAAAAAAAAGAGAGAAAGAUUGGGGGGAAAUGAUGGGUUACACUGUCAUAGGUACGCCUUAAAUCUCACUUGCCAAACCUUAAAGGUCUGAGCCCUUACUCAUGCUCGUCUGAAUAUCGCUCCCAGGUUGCAGUAUGAGAGAAUUAAGCCCCACUGUGGAGCGCUGGUACAGCAGAUAAUCAGAUGUUGAAUUUCUCUCUGUGUGUGGAAAACGGUCAAAGAGUUGUAUUAUAUAUUUUUUUUAAUUGUGCAGUCUUUAUGCAGAAAGCUUUAUAAGAAAAAAAAAAAAAAACGAUAUCUUUUUAAUUGGAAUCUCUUUGUGGUGCGGGCAGUGUUUUUAUCGGCCCGUGCGUGCGUGCGUUAGACGUCUGCGUGAUGCGUGAACAGGGAGCGUGUGUGUUGUGAGCGAGCGUGGGGCUGUGUGGGAACAUGCGUGCACACACAGGAUGCCUACUUAUCCAGGCGUGAGGGCGAAGCGACGCCUGCGUUCUCUCAUUUGAACUCCCCGCCCGCCAACCCAGAACAACGCCGGAGCCUGUGCUCUCGCCGAGCUUUACGACACAGACCAAAGGGUCCGAACGGGGACGCCGGUUCAUUCGACUGAAAGGUUACCAGAGGUUUCGCAAACAUUUCAGAUGAAUCCUUUGCUUUUUAUACGGAGUUUUUUGCUUUAAGCUUGAUUGCCACUCGUGCUCGUGGAAAUCGAUAACAGCACAGCCUGCCUCCCUUUAUUAUAUAGUGCCAUGAAACAUUCCACUUCAACUAAAGCACAGAGGGACAUUUUUUUUUUUGGAGCCAUUUCAGUUGAUGAAUGAUUUUCUUCUUUUUUUAUUUACAUUUAUUUUCUUCAUUGCACAACCUUUUCUUAAGCUGUCAGCAGAAAGAAGCAAUUUUAAUCUGCCAUGGAACCAUGUCACUCAUGUUAGCCCUGCAAUAAUGUCAGUAUAUCAUGUACUACAAUACAGGAGAUUCUAGCUUUUUCUUACUAAAUAUAUUUGCCAUAUCGUAGCAGGUCAGCAAUAUGUUAAUAAACAAUUCAAAAUUGAUUUCUGUUUUUUUUUUUAUGUUUUCUGUCUUUUAUAUUUUGUGCCCUUCUUUAUUGUUACCAUUGUAAUGUUCCAAAUAAUCAAUAAUAACUCUGCCUCUAAAGCUAUAAAAUAGCAUAAUGCGGAUGGUAACGAUCUGCCAGAGAUGCAGUUGGUACUACAACAGCGUGUUGCGAACAAAUAGUUGGUCUUUGACAUUUUUUUUUAUACAGGGGUGCUUUGGUUCAGUUGUGUAUAUAAUUGCUUAUGGUAACUGAAAUAUGGAUAUGUCCGUGUCAGAGCGUGAACAGGGUCGCAAUGAGAGUUUGAUAUUUCUUAGUCCAUUAAACACCAUCCCCAAAUUGUAGGUCUGGCUCAUCGACAGAUCAUUUAAUUGUCCUCCCUCGUAUCUGAUGGCGGACGCGUGUGGCUGACACACGGCAACGAGCUCCAGAGACCCCAGAAUGUUAACGAUUCCUGCCUUGGCUAGAGUGACGUUUGCACAGACCUCGAGCCUGCCCACCUGCCGUCUCAGCGUGGCGCUCCGGCUUCCUGACUAACAGCAUUUGGCACUGCCCACUCAGUGCGAUGCGGAGUGGCACUCUGUGUAAUGAAAUCAGCAGGGGAGGCUUUCGAUCUUAAUUGCAUGCAGACUGCAGACUCCAUCCUCGUCUCCGCUGUUGUUUACUGGUGACUCCUUUCUCACUGACAGAGUCGAUGCAAGAAGCUUCUUCUUUCAGAGCCUUUCUUUAACCAAAAACGUGCCUUAUUGAAUAGGAUGAUACAUAUAUAUUGUUUCUAAAUUAUUCCGUUGGUAACAUAGGUGAAUAUGAUGAUAGUACUAUAGACACAGCAAUGUACUUGGACUUGUGAUCUUAUGUGUGCUGUCUAAACGCUAGAUGCGCUGCUGCAGCCAUUUGCGUGCCAUUAGGCUGAAGACAUUUCAGUAUGAUUUCUUUUACGGCUGCAGUUUAGACGUGUGCAUUUCCUUUGGGUGUCUUUGGUGUGUGCUUACUAGGACUUUGGUGGCUAAAAACAAAAAUGUCGGAAAAGAUUAAAUGUUGAAGAAAGACCAGUUGGAUCUGGGUUUCCCUUGAAAAUGUCUCACAUUCCAAAAUUAGACAAAAGGGGUAUCCAUGUGUACAAUUGAACAUAGUGCAAAAUUGUUCCAAUGGUGUUAAUUCUUUUGACCUGUGUUUCUAAGCUAUCCUACAGUGUGUACGAUAAAUGACUAUCUAUACUCGACAAAUGACGUUUCUUACUGCUGUGCAGUUAUUUUUUUUGUUUUGUUUCCUAUACCGUAUAAAUCUUUGUAAAACAAGUUGAAAUACUGUAUUCUAUCUGUAUACCCCUAUGCAUUGGUUCCCAUGACGAAAACAACAAAAGAUAGAAAAAAAAUGUUUGUGCUGUUGUCGAGACUUGUUUUUUUCUCCCCCCCCAUUUUGAAACUUGUGAAUGUGCUGUAAUGAUAAAAGAAACUGGGACACUCCACUGUUGGUACAGGACCAGUAAUGGAAGCCAAUGUUUUCCUCCCCACCUGAGGCAGCUUCGAAUAUUCUUGAUCUUGUACCUGAUCCGGUUGUGCUGGAUGAACAUAAUUUUAAAAGUCGUAUGUGUGGACGGAGCAGUUACCCACAGGUUUCAUCAUGCAGUCCUCCGUGAAUAAACUCAGAGACAUAUAUACCCUUCA